CUGGUAAUUUAUACCAAACCCUCUUUCUUUAUACCUCCGCUUUUUAGAAGCGACUAAGUUUGGGUUCAUUGCAACCGAAGCCCUAAAUUUGGGUGGUGGAAUAAGAAUUUCGUAAAGAGAGGAGAUGGAUCGUGUUAGCAACCUACCAGACGAGGUUCUUUGUCAUAUACUCUCUUUCCUUACGACAAAGGAGGCUGCUUUGACAUCGAUUCUCGCCAAGAGAUGGCGCAACCUUGUCGCGUUUGUCCCUUGUCUUACUAUCGAUGACACUGUGUUCCUGCAUCCGAAAGAGGGUAAGCGGGAUAGGCAAGCCAUUAAACAGAGUUUCAUGAACUUUGUGGAUAGAAUUUUGGCGUUGCAGAUUAAGUUUCCCCUAAAGAGAUUCUCCCUCAACUGUUUUACUGUGGUUGAUAUGGAUCGUCUGGAUGGUUGGAUUGGCAAUGUGUUAGCUCGUGGCAGUGUUUCGGAUCUCGAUCUACAGAUCCUUAUUCCUAGUGACAAAUGUGUUUUCUAUCAGCUGUCUCCAAAAUGCUUUGAGUGCAGCACACUAGUUAGUCUGAGCAUAGGCUCUGGGAUUGAUGUUACUUUGGCUGCUGCUCGAGUUUUCUUACCAAUGCUUAAAACGCUGGUUCUUGUCUGGGUUAAGGUUUGUCCUGACGAGUUUGAGACUCUGCUUCAUGCUCUGCCUUCCCUUGAGGAAUUAGUUUUGGUUCGUGUAAUUUGGAAAGAUAGGGAUGUCAUAGUGUCAAGUGCAAGCGUCAAGACCCUAACAAUAUACGUAGGCUUUUGGUUAUUCGCAUUAUCAAUUGAUACACCAAGUCUUGUUCACUUUGAGUACUCUGGUUUAGUUGCAUCAGACUAUCCAGUAGUUAAUAUGGGAAACUUGGUUGAUGCUCAAAUCAACUUUAGUGAAAUCCAUAUCAAGUCACUUGGAGAACCAGAUAAUGACGAAGAUGCUCUUCGUUUUAGCAAUGUGUGGAAGCUCUUUCAUGGCAUGCGAAAUGUUCCUCAUCUUAGCUUGCUUCCUGAUACUCUUGAGGGGCUUUCUAUGUGCUCUGAAUCGAUGCCAGUAUUCAACAACCUCAAAUCAUUAGCUAUUAAGAGUAACACGGAGAGAGGAUGGCAAGCAAUGCCAGCUCUUCUAAGGAACUGUCCACAUUUAGAAACGUUAGUCCUUCAGGGUCUCGUGCACUGUGUGACAGACAAGUGUGGGGAUGUUAGUGGCUGCAUUUCUCGGGAGGAAAAAGGACUUUCACUCAAACUUUGUCCAGUAAAAGUGAUGGAGAUCCAUGGGUUUCAAGGAACAAUGAAAGAGAUGGCAAUGAUAAAGCAUUUCUUGGACUAUUUUCCGUGUUUGAAGGAGAUGGAGGUCUAUGCUGAAGAGAAUCCUACACGGCCAAGAAACCAACGUGUCUUGAAGAUGUUCGAACUCUACAACAAGUUAUCGAGUUGCAACGUCCAGCUCUUCAUAUGAUUAGUGGCUGAAGCACAAACCUAUCUCCUAGUUUUUUUUCCUGCAGUUUAACCGAUCUCAAAAGACUCUAGUUUCUACUUCUUGCGUGUUUUUCUGAACCAUUUACUUGGCAAAAGUUUUUGACUUUU